AUGGCUGGUUCAAGUAGCAGUGGUGAGAUUCAAACUCCUAUCUUCAGUGGAGUUAACUACGACUUCUGGAGGACAAAGUUGAGAACAAUUUUUGUAUCUCAUGAUUUGUGGAGCUUGAUUGAAGAUGACUAUGUUGUACCUCUAAGUACUGUGGUUUUGACAGAGACUCAAACAAGGAAGCUGAAGGAAAACAUCAAGAGAGAUGCAAAAGCUCUUGGGGGUAUCCAAAAUGCUAUCUCUGAUGAAAAUUUUCCGAUAAUCUCAAAUGAGACAAGUGCCAAAUCAGCUUGGGAUGUGCUGGAGAAAGUCUACAGAGACUCUACUAAGGUAAGGGCUAUCAAACUCAAAUCUUUGAGAAGAGAUUUUGAGUAUAUAAGAAUGAAAGAUGAUGAAUUGCUAGAUGAUUACCAGAGUAGAUUGUCUGAGAUUAUUAAUCAAAUGAAAAGCUAUGGUGAAAUCUUGUUUGAUGAGAGAAUAGUUCAGAAGUAUCUAAUUAGCUUGCCAAGAAAGUAUGACAACAUAGUUUCAAUCAUAGAGGAGACUAAGGAUUUGUCAACUUUAAGUGUUGAAGAAUUGAUUGGUUCUCUCGAAGGUUUUGCUUAG